AAUUAAAAAUGAACAUUCAAGUUCUGACAUACAAUUUUCUCUUGAAAAUAAAAAAAAAAUCACAUCUGAAAUACUGAAUAGAUCAUUUGUGAAAAAUUCAAAUAUUUUGGAGGGUAAAAAAAAAUUUUCUAAUCAUUUGACGGCAAAGAAAAAUUUUUUUCGAUAAUUUUAUUUUGAAAAAUGCAGUAGCUGCAUAUACCUGUUAUUAAUAACUCCAUCUAGGUAAAUUAUAUGUUUGAAAGGUGAAUAGCAAAUGUAUUUCCCCUUCGGAGCCAAGACACUCGAAGGGAAACCGUCUUAACAAAAUGUUUAAAAUUAAUCCAGAAUUCGCGAUCGCGUAUACAAAGUUAACAGUGACGCUGGUUUGCUCCUGGCCGCCGGGAAAGAACUCGAGCAGACGAGAUGUCUUAUUAUUUAAGAUAAAAUGGUGGAUUUCAUGGCUGCUGGGAAUUUUCCUAGUGAUACCUUUGAUUUAUGCGGCAUACAUUGAUCGAAGAAACGUACUAGAGUUCACGAAAUCUCUUUGUCUCGCGGUAUCCUGCGGCCAGUGUGCGGUGAAAAUGUUUUUCUGCAAGCUGCAGCAUCAUCGAAUCAAGUUUUUGCUCGAUGAAAUGGAGGAGUACGUAAAAGUAGCUGAGCCUUUCGAAAAAGAAAUAUUUUUGGGUUACAUCAAAAACUGCGGACUAGUUCACGUAACUUUGAAUGUUUGUUCGCUGGUAGCAAGUGUUGGAGUGAUUUUGGGACCUCUCGUUCUGCCUCAGAGACUCCCAACUGAGGCCAAGUACCCGUUCUCCGUCGAAAAUCAUCCGAAUUAUGAAAUAAUCUACAUCCAUCAAGCCUUUGCGGGAAUCCUCUGCUCCUCAAUCGGCUCAAUAGACUGCCAAAUUGCUAUGCUGCUUUGGUUUUCGAUCGCUCGGUUAGAGCUUUUGAGCCUGGAAAUGAAAAAUAUAACAAAUGUUUAUCAGUUUUACAAUUGUGUUCGCAAGCACCAAUUUUUGUUGUGGUUUGUCGACGAAAUAAUAAAAGCUGGCCGGUAUUUAAUCGCUACAACAGUAAUUAUGACAACUUUUGCUGUUAUUUUGGGAGGCGUCCAUAUUGUUGGGAAUGAACCGAUGCUUGUUAAAUUACAAUUUGUAAUUAUUGUCGGAGGGUUUUCUAUGUUACUCUACGUCACUGCGUGGCCAUCGGAAAUCCUUACAAGAAUGUGCCAAAACAUUGGCUGGACCAUCUACAACUCUGAGUGGAUCAGAAAUUCAAAAGAACUAAACAAAGGCAUUGAAUUUGUCAUACAGAGAUCUAACAAACCCGCCGUAAUUUAUAUUUCAGGAAUUUUUCCAGCGAUUUCAUUGAACUACUAUGCGACAUUUUUAUCAAAAACUUUUUCUUACUUCACAACUCUUCGUAUCAUAUUAUCCAAAAGCAACUUCUUGACUAAGAGUUAUAGAUCUAUCAGAACAAUGAAGUUGACAGCAAGUCCGGAAGCUGCCUUGCAAUUUACCAAAAUGAACGUUUACUUAGUGAGUUCGUGGCCUCUGCCGAAAUCUGUCAGCAAAAGUAGUAAAAUUUGGUUCAAUGUUCGUUGGUGGACUGCAUUUAUUUCAUUACUACUGUUAUUUUUACCUUUAACUAAUGGUGUUUAUGUGUUUCGUAACGAUUUGUUGAUAAUGGUGAAAGCUGCUUGUCAAAGUAGUGCUUCAGGCCAAGCCCUUUUGAAAUUGAUUAUUUGUCGAUUGCAAUCAAACCGUUUUCAACUCUUGCACGACGAAAUGGAAAACUUUAUGAAAAAUGCCGACGGACUUGAAAAAAAAUAUCUAAAUAAAUAUAUUGAAAAAAGUGGAUUUUUCCAUGUCUUCGUGAGUGUCAGUAUGUGGGCAGUCUGCCUGGCAUUCAUAAUAGAGCCUAUUUUACUGUCACAUCCCUACCCAACGGACACCGCGUAUCCAUUUGUCGUGAAAAGUCAAGUAUUGCGUACAAUAUUGUACUUGCAACAGAUAAUGGCCCUUUUUUUUGUCGCAGCGGCUUUGACAAUUGAUUUUCAGGUGGCAACCUUGCUAUGGUUCACUUGUGUAAGAUUUGAAGUAUUGAGUCAUUACUUUAGGGAGGUUUCAAACGAAACAGAGUUGGUGACGUGCAUCAAGAAGCAUCAGAAAAUACUAUGGUAUGCUAAUGAAGUUAAAUAUGCAGUAAGGUAUAUAGCACUCACCACGAUAGCAACUACUACUAUUGGAGUUAUUUGUGGCUGUUUUACGUUAAUAAGUCAUCAACCAAUAUCCGUCAAGCUACGGAUUGCCAACAUUGUUGGAAAUGCGACAUCUGAACUUUUUAUUUAUGCCUGGCCCGCUGAUAAUCUCAUUCAAGUAAGUCAAGAAAUCGGGUGGAGUGCUUAUAAUAGUAAAUGGAUAAAAGGUUCUGUUAACAUGAUAAAAACUACAAUGAGCGUAAUUUGUCGAUCACAAUCACCAAUUACAAUAUCAAUAUACGGAUUGAUGCCUAGUCUCUGUUUACAAUAUUAUACAUCAUUUUUGUCGACGACCUUUUCAUACUUCACGACUCUCAGAGCGGUUUAUGCUGCUGAAGAUACGGUGGAUUGA